AUGAAACCGGCUUCUUCACCAAUGAUUCAAGCAAAUAUGCAAAUCCAGACUCCGAACAAACAGAUCCAAUCACAGCAUAUUGAGAAAAAGAGGCAGUCGAUUCAACCGAGCGCUGAUAAGCUCGGGAAACCCACAACUGCAAAGUCGACGAAGCCGCCAGUUGACUAUCAGGUGCUGUUGUUAUCCCUGGCCGAUGAAUAUUUGAACGCCGCGCAUUCUCGUGGCACGACGACUUCAUUAGCUGGGCGUGAGUCAGACGUUGAGGAAUAUUAUAAGCUAGUCGCUACCGGGUUGGGAUGUCUAGAAGCGGUAUUGAAGAACUGGCGAUUGCAACCUCGCAAAGAAGCCCUCGUUAGGCUUCGCUAUGCGCGUACAUUGUUCGAAGAAACAGACAAUGACAUCGAAGCAGAGACGGCAUUGAGCAAAGGCAUCGAUCUUUGCGAACGAAAUCGAAUGCUUGACUUGAAAUAUAGCAUGCAGCACCUUUUGGCACGAAUGCUCCACAAGAGCAAUCCUAAAGCAUCCUUGAAGGCCGUCGAUGGCAUGAUCCAGGACGUCGAAGCUUACCGCCACGCUGCGUGGGAGUACGCAUUCCGCUUUCUUCGAGUUUCACUCUCAUUGUCAUCGCCAUCACAUCAAGACUCCGUACAGGCGUUACAGCACCUCCACAAAAUCACGGCUAUGGCUGGUCGUAAUGGGGACAAGGCCGUCUCAGCAAUGGCGGCCGUCAUUGAAUCACUUGCACACUUACAGCAAGGGACAAACUCAGAUUCUAUCGAGCAGGCGCAGCGUGCCGUCGCCGCUGCGCGAAGCCAUCAGCUGAAUGAUGAACUCCGCCAUAUUCCGCAACUUACAACCUUGAUCCAAAUGGUCGAUAUCUGCUGUAGUCUAUUGGAGUACGACGUCAACCAGUCCGGACAGAAAUUGAAGGUCAUGCAGGCUUUGAUGGAUGAGACACUGAGCGACAGCAAUUGGCGUCCCGACGGGUCGUUUUCUAUUCCUCUCCACGGCAAAUCCGCCGGGCCAUCAUCCAUUGACACGGGUGACAUCUUGCAGGUCCAUAACGGAACGUUGCUCCUGAGCUUUAACUGGCUUCCUCAGCAUGAUCUUUAUGCGCUGUGCUACUUCCUCAGCUCGAUCACGCUUAGUGCCAAGAACUCAUACGACGGCCGGAAAGCAGAGAAAUACCUUGAGGAAGGGCUCCGAAUGGUUCAAGGCAACUUCAAGGCCCCCCAGGAAAUCUCGGAAUCCAUGGCCAAUGCGAACCGUCGAGUUCAAUGGCGCCAGUCACUUUACUGUAACUUCCUCCUCCAACGAGUCUUCUUGGCCUGUUCUCGAACCGAUUGGGAUCUCGCCAGCCAGACUCUUAACGACCUCCGACAAGUCUUCCAAGAGCUUGGUUCUGGCCUUCCAGAAACCAUCGAAUGCUUGAUAGAAUAUGCCGCUGGAACCAUCGCGCAGGCGACUGGCGAUCUCAAUACCGCGCUGAACAUAUUCCAGUCACCACUUCUGUUACUUGAUCCAUCAACCAGCAGGACAUCACGAAACGACCCAUGUCGUGACACACGCAUUCUCGCCGGCCUCAAUACAGUCCUCAUACUCCGCGAUCCCACCCACCCGUCACACUCCAUCCUAAACGGCGUUCUGUCGACCCUCGAGCCCUUCUGCCAAGCCAGUCCAAACAAGUACAUACAGGCAGCCUACUUCCUAGUCUGCGCCACGGUUCACUCCGAGUCCACCAUCCAGACAAAACAAUACCUGCAGCAAGCUCUGCAGUCAGCCACGGCAAUCAGCAACAGCCAAAUCACCUGCAUGACCCUGACAUUCAUGAGCUGGAAGUAUUUCCGCGGCGUGGUCGGCGAACAAGCCGAGAAAAGCGCUCGCGCUGGCCGCGCAAUGGCCAAACGAGCCAACGACCGCUUGUGGGCGAGUGUCACCGAUGAUAUGCUCGCUGAGACUCUGGAGCGCCAGGGCAAGGGCGAAGAAGCGCAGAGCGUCCGCGAGGAGGGCCAGCGUCUGGUCUCGGGUCUUCCACUGCGUCUGAGACGAUCGGCUUGA